CAAGAUUUAAUUAAUAUGGCAAGUUGCUUUAUGCAUUUGGUGUACAACGCUUAUAAAUUUCAACUUAAUGAUCUAAUAUGCCAACACCUUCCACAAGAAUUGAAAAAGGAGAAAAUGAGGAUCAUUUCACCUCUCCUCCUUUUGCUCCUAAUCACGAUAGGAACCUCAGCCACACCAACAAGAUGGAGAAAAAAAACACGUUCUCAUGAACCAUGCAAGACAUUGGUGUUUUAUUUUCACGACAUUAUUUACAACGGUCAAAAUUCAAAGAAUGCCACGUCAGCAAUUGUAGGCACACCUGCAUGGGGUAACCGGACCAUAUUGGCAGGACAUAAUCAUUUUGGUGAUUUGGUUGUUUUUGAUGAUCCAAUCACUUUGGACAAUAAUUUACAUUCACACCCAAUUGGUCGUGCACAAGGAUUUUACAUUUAUGAUAACAAAAAUAUUUUCACUUCAUGGCUUGGUUUUUCAUUUGUGUUUAAUUCUACUAAUCAUAAAGGUAGCAUAAAUUUUGCUGGAGCUGACCCUUUGAUGAAUAAGACUAGGGACAUUUCGGUAAUUGGAGGGACAGGUGAUUUUUUCAUGACUAGAGGAGUGGCAACUCUCUCAACGGAUGCAUUUGAAGGUGAAGUUUAUUUUAGGCUUCGUGUGGAUAUUAACUUGUAUGAAUGUUGGUAAUUAAUUAUUAAGUACCAAUUUAUAGCUUCUCUUUGUGUUCUUUUUUUCCCUUUCUUUCAAGUGUUGGAUCUUUGGAGGAAUACGACUUGGGAGUUUUGUCGUAUAAUUAUAUAUUCCUCCUAAUUCAAAAUCGAUCAAUUGAAUAAUGCUUUGCAUUAACAUUA